UUUGACAUCCAGAUAAAAAUAUUGGGAAAUUCCAAGAAUUCUGUGUUAUUUUAGGCGAUUUAUGUGUUGUCCGAGUUAAAUUGUGUGUCCAAAAGCGACGAAAAUCUCACAUGCCAGAUGGUCCGUAGCGAGACACGCACAAAAGAAUGUGAUCAAUUGUUUUUACAGAAGAUAAGUGGCUUGAACAGUGCCAUUUUGCGAUCUCGCAAAGACAUUCUGCUCGAUGACCUGGAAGAGGCGUACAAGAAAUCCAUCAAAGUCGAGAGCUUUUUCAGUUUUUCCGACGGCAAAAAUGUCAUUUUCAUGUAUGGCGUGUUGCUGAUGGUACUUUUGUUCGUAGCGACACCCGCUCUCGUCUAUCUCUUCGAAUACAUCUUGUCGACGCGAUGUUUCCUCGGCAUGGGUUAUCUCAGUUGGGAAAUUACACGACCCAUCUCGAAUUGCAGGCAUUGCAGUGGCUUACAAGCACCGAUAAUUCUGCCGCGAAAUGUGACGCGAGACGAAUUCGAGCCGUACGCGUAUUCUAGUCAACCGAUAAUCGUGAAGGGCGCUGCGCUGCACUGGGAUGCCGUCAAAAACCUAAAUUACAGUUUUCUAAAGGAUAUUUACCAAAGAGUUCCGGGAGCCAUCGAUAGUGUUAUUGAAGAUUGUCAGUUUUUGCACUUUAAAUCGAACUUUGUGACGUUGCGGGAAGUUUUUCAGCGCGUUAGGGGCGAAGAACCGCUCGACGAUGGCAACGAAUGGUAUGUCGGAUGGAAUAAUUGUCAUCCGAGCAUCAUGAAACACAUUCGGAAACUGUAUCCGUAUCCACCGUUACCAUUUCUCCCGGAAGAUGCCGAACUCUCGCCAACGGAUUUUGUCUUUUUGGGAUACGAUCAAGGUGCCAUCAUGCAUAUUGACUACAUUCCUCGAUUAAUGUGGCAGGCCCAACUACGAGGACACAAAGCAUGGUCCCUGAAUCCGACGCCCGAAUGCGAAAACGCAUGCAAAAGCUUCUCGUUCGAAGUUGAACCGGGAGACAUUUUGCUGCUCGACACCCGAAUCUGGUAUCACGAAACUCAAAUUCCAAAAGGAGAAUUUUCAAUUGCCAUCCAAUCGGAAUACGGUUGAAAAUUCGGAAAUUUAUUCCAGAAUUAACGAAUUCCAAAACUAACAUUUUCUUAUAGAAGUUUAAGACGAAUUAUUAACAUUAGGCAAUUAAUUUAUAUAUUUUUCUGUAUUUUUCGUGUGUGUGCCAUUUAAUUUUUUCCUAUUUUUAAUUUAA